CUAGCAUCCCGCAUUUUCAAUUCAGUGUAUUUCAUUUUUAAAACCGGACAGAUUGACGUCUUUCCUACGCCAUGGUGGUGGACAUUUUGGAGCGAGCUUGCUUUUUCGCUUUGCGGUCUCGUCCGUCGCUUACGAUGUAGAAUGAUCAGUUGGAGCUCUCCAAUGCGCAAUUUUUGUUUCCUUUAUCUAGUGGAUCAACAUCGAGUGGUGGUGAUGCGAGCCACUCUGCUCGGACACGUAGGAUAUCAGCCAUGCUUCGUGUACGAGCUUAUUCUGCACCGUUGUCAGAGCAGAAGCCAUUCGUAUGGAAAUGUCUUCAGCAGCUUACGCCAAUGAAAAGCAUCCCCUUCCUAUUCAUACAGCUCAGGACCGUAACCCGUACCUAAUGAUGCGACUUACUUCAUCGCCCGCCAGGCGCAGGAGACAUGACCGCUUUCUCCCCUUCCUCUCCCGGAUGAGAAAAUCACUCUGCCCUCCACCAUCUGGACAUACAAGCCUCUUUCUGGUGAUCUUUCAAGUCCGCCAGCCAGUGAAAUGGAUGGUUCUGAGAUGGUCAUCGUACCGCGCGCGCAUUUCUUGUCCUCUAGAUGUCUUUCCACAUGCUCGGCGAAAGUGGAUGACGACGUUAAACGUCUUUCUAACAGGUAUGACCGACAAAGCCUCGGUACCGGGAGGUUAUUCCUGCUUCACAGCAAAUCCUGCUCCAAGGGAUCUGCAUCCUUCAUUGACUGGCUCGUCCGCUCAGCUUGCGCAUCGCCCCUUGAAUCAUUGACACUAGAACAUAAUUAUAAAGAAAUCGAUGGCGUCAUUGUGCGA